GCCAGCUUCAAGGACGUGUCUCAAUUACUCUAGUUGCACAGGUUGUGAGCGAGGGAAAGAGAGGGAGGAGAGAUAAACACACUCCACCUAGAACGUCAAACAAGAGGAGCCUAGUGGAGCAGAGCUUGGUGCCCCCCUGGGAUACAGACACAGCCAUGGAUCCCUCUGCAUCGGCUGAGGUUGGGGACGAGUGCAAGGAGAGCAGGAAGAUCCACUUUGCUGUGCAGUCCUCGGCACCCACCCAACUGGACCCCCGGCAAGUAGAGAUGAUCCGGCGCCGGCGGCCUACACCUGCAACACUGUUCAGAGUGGCAGACCAGUGUUCUCCUGAGGAUGAUCAGUCCAGCCAUCAGUGGAUUGUAGGAGAGAAUGGGGUACUCAAGCCCAAGCGAGUCAACCCAAAUGUGUAUCAGCCACCAUCCCUGAAAGCCGUCCAGAAGAUGGCUGAGGCACACAUGCAGAACCUGGGUGUCUACCCCCCCUUGGAAGACCCCUUUGAGGGGGAGGAGUACAACGACUACCCCUGUCAUGAGGAGAGGGAGGAGAGAUUCCCCACCAAAGCUGCUGACCCCCAAGCGACCAGCACCAUAGACGAAUCAGAGAAGCCGGAUGAAGAGGAAGAGGAGGAAGAGAAAGAGAAAGAAGAGGAGAAAGAGGAGGAAAAGACAGAAGAAAAGACCGAGGAGAAGGCAAAGAAAGUCCGCAAAAGUGUAAAGUUUUAACACUACUUUGAAGGGGAAAAAAAUGAAGGGAGAGAGAUGGUGGCAGAUGUGUGAAUGAUUGAGUGAAUGAAUGAGUGAUUUUAAUGUGUGAACGUGUGAGUGAGAAAGAGAGCUUCUAAGUUUGAAUGGUAAGUAUUAAAAUUAAAUGAAUGAAUGAAUCUAGGUAGGUACUGUCGGCAAAUCUGUGAGCAAAAAAUCGGGAAAGAGAGAGGGGAGGGAGAGAGAAUGUAUAAUAGAUAUGGCCCUUGUGAAGAGGUGAGGAGUGGCUCCUUAGAACUAAUGAGACUAGUGGAUAGGGCAAGGUCACUGUGACCUUGAGGUCCCUCACUGCAACGUUAGUCUUCUCUUCCAUGUCAGGGGAACCAUUCAUUCACUUCUCACUUUCUUACUUUGCUCUUUAAUGUUACAAAGCAAUGGAAUAAUGGCUAGAAAUAAUUACACGACACUCAAAAUAACUGUAAACGGCCAAACGCUGAUGAACAGCUUCAGUAUAGAGCACACACACACACACACACACACACACAGAGAGGAGAUAUCUUCUCACUAUCGGUUCAGACUAUAUUCUAAAGCUGCUCCAUUACUGUGCAGAUAUGAUAAUACAGACUCCCAUAUGGGUUCCUUUCAAAAUCACAAAGACCUGUAUUAUGUGUACCAAAUUUCACUCUGGCCUAGAUUGGAUAUCUCUGCAGCAUAAUCAAAUUGAGAUCUUGUUCUUGGGAGAAGUGAGCAGCUGCUGCCAUCUUGUGGCAAGAUAGGGGAUGUAGAAUAACCAGAGUGUGUGUAUUGACAUGGAUUUACAUACAAUAAACUGUGCACUGCAUAGGCCUUCAGAUAAUAUGCAUCUAUAUCAUUGAAAUGAUCUAGAUUUGUAAUCUAUUUGAAACAUUAAUUGUGAUGCAUUUGAAGUUAUUUCUGGUGUCCAUCAAAGCUGUUUGUGUCAAUGAUGUACUCUGGGUGUAUGUGAUGCCUUGCUUUUGUAAAAGUAGUCCAAUUUAGUUUUUUUUGUGAGAAACAAAAUGUAUUAAUUUUGGAUGCAGAAUCAGAUUCGUAUUGUUUGUUUGUUUCAAUAAUUUCCUGGGUAAAGAUGUAUUAAUCAACUUAGCUGUAUAUGGUCUCUUUCUGUUGAACAAUUGUCACAACGUUUAGUAACCUUUUAGUCACGACUUGGAUAAUUGUGUUUUUCAUAUUGUCAUGAAAAACAAUGCAGACAAUACAAUACAUAGUGACUCUCUUUCUCUCUCUCUCUUCCUGCUGAAAUGGAAUGACACAUUUGAAUAUUAAAAUAUUCAUCCUCAGAAUGUCAUUAUCAUCAUAUACUCAUUGAUAAUGUCAGUCUAAUAAACAGUUUUCUUUAUUUCCAUCACAUCUGUUCUCCAACUGCAGGAUUGCUUGAGUCAGCGGAAUACAUUUUGGUAGUGUCACAGCUGAAUGUCUCAAUCUGUACCAACUGUUAAUAUAUUGUAAUUGUUUUGAUUCUCUUUUUGUUGGGCAAUUGAACUUUUGUAUGCUCUUUUCUCUUGUCUGGGUGUAUGGGCUGGGCAGCCCUUUAAAGGUUUGAGACAUAUGGCACCUACUCCCUCCAUUCUCUCACUGUAUGGCUGGAGUGAGCAUCCUCUCCUUCUCCAAGUCUCUCUAUCCUCCACGGUCAAUAGGCGGGUGCCAUGGCAAGAAUGAACUCGAAACGAUAAUAUUCUUCUUUAUUUCAUUUAUUUUUCUGUACUUGUUGAAGAUGUAGACAUUUCUAUGUGAGCCACAAUAACAAUAUCUAAAUAAACACAUUUUCCUGAUUUGAAA